AUGAGGAAUGACAUUGGAAGCAACGUCACCAAGCAGAAGGCAGUCUCCAUCACCUGCGAAGUGUGGGCGAAUUCCACAAAGACGUCUACCAUCGUGAACGGCUUUGCCUCGACUGGGCUGUUUCCUCCAUCGUUGGAUGCCAUGAUGUACCGGUUGUCUCUGUUCAACCACCAUCGGAGCUCUGUACUACUCCUACCUCCCAAACGCAACAAGAAGGGUCCAAUGCGAAAGACGUUAUCCGUGAGUGGCAUGUUUAUCACAGCCGACUAUCAUGAGCUCCUUCAAGCUCAAGCUGAGGACAUGAAAUCGAAGAAAAGAGCAAAGAAGCAGCAGAUGAUUCCCAGCCCUGGGGCACUUGAAAUCGUAGUGGUUUAA